AUGGCCUCCCCCAGAAUCGCCAUCGUCGGCGGCGGCCCCGCAGGCCUCACCCUCGGCCUCCUGCUACACAAGCACAACAUCUCCUUCACAAUCUACGAGCGCCGCUCCAAGCCUACUCCCUCAGACCUUGCAAAGCCCUCCGGAUCGCUCGAUCUUCACGAUGAAUCCGGUCUUGCCGCGCUCAAAGAAUGCGGCAUCUACGAGGACUUCCUCAAGCUGACAGGCGAGUGCUCCAAGGCGCAAAAGGUCGCCGACAAGGACGGUAUCAUCAUCUACGCCGACAAAGGCGAGCUCAGCGAACGCCCGGAGAUCUCGCGGCAUGCGCUCACAAGCCUCAUAACCGAGAACCUGCCCGCGGAGUCGAUCAAGUAUGAGCACAAACUCUUCGCGGUCUCGAGCUCCACCAACGCCAACUCGGACACAGAAGUCGAACUCGACUUUGGCGCACAGGGCAAAGAAACAUUCAGCCUCGUCAUCGGUGCCGACGGCGCCUGGUCGCGCGUGCGCAGUACCUUAACCGACACAAAACCUUACUACACCGGCACGCAAGUCAUCGCCGCCACAAUCCCCAAUAUCACAAAGACUUACCCACACCUCUCGUCUCUUGUAGGCCAAGGCAGCUUCUCCGCCCUCGCCUACCGCCACGGCAUCAUGUCGCAGCGCGGCCCCGGCGACUCGGCACGCAUAUACAUCUUGCUCUCUCUCCCCGAGCAAGAAGACUACGCAAAGUCCUCAGGCUGGGAAAGCGCCGACUUCAAGAGCGCAAAGAACCAACUCCUCACAGACACGAAGCUCCUCGGCCUCUUCGGAGAGAAGAUCAAGGAACUCGUCUCUGUCGCCUGCGACGAGGAGGCCAAGAUCGCUAGCUCCAGCAGCACAACGAGCACAAACGCAAACACAAACACAGACCCAGACUCAAUUUCGACCUGGAACCCAUCUACAUCUACAUCUACAUACAACGGCUCUCCAACCGAACCAAAAUCAAACCCAAUCCCCAUGAAACCGCUCUACACAUUACCCCCCUACACCUCCUUCGUGCACGACCCCACCGCCUCAACAACUGCAAUCGGCGACGCUGCACACCUGAUGCCCCCAUGGGCGGGCGAGGGCGUGAACCUAGCUAUGUGGGACUCGCUGCUCCUAUCACAUGCCAUCGUCAAAGCCUUAGAACAAAUUCAGAGUCAGAGUCAAGAUCAGGACACCUCGUUCCGGACAGCCUUUGACCCGCUCCUAUCCGCCUUCGAGACGGAGAUGUUUAUGCGCGCGGGCGAGAAGGCCGAGGAGACGGUUGGGAAUGGGCAGAUGUUGUUUGGGGAGGAUGGGGCGAAGGCGUUCAAGGAGUUUUUCGAGAGUAUUUAUGGGCCGUGGAGUGGUGAUGCAUAG